AUGAUGUCUAAUGCUACGAAUCCCCAAAAAGAAGGAAAUAGUCUGGAAUUAGCCAAGAUCAGCGGCGAUCUCUCAAACUUGGCUCGGCUCCAAAUGACGGCGAUCGCCGAGCCCACGUUUCUCUUCGGGACCAGAGGAAUGGAUCAAAAUCGUAUUGUAUGAUCCGCUUGGGAAUCGACCUCUGAACAGGCUGAGAGAGGCGAAAAAGCAGGAUUAAUUUGACGAAAAAAAAUUUGAAUAUUACAAUAAGAAGCUGCUGGAUCAAUAAAUUUCUAAUAUAAUUAGAGUUUAUUAAAUCUUACAAGGGAACUCCAGGAAUCUGCGAAAAAGUGAUAGAACUUUUGAAAAAAAAAAAAGGAAUUCAUCUCUCAUUAAGCCUUGGAUUUUGCAAUGGUUGCCCUAAAUGUUUUGCUUCGUAAAAAAUGUUCCGAAAUAAAAGAAGAAAAAAUUAACUUGUCAUUUUGGAUCUGAAACGGCCAUGAAUCCUCGUUAUAGGGUUAGAAUGUCAUUAAUACGGCUUUUUAUUUUUCAUUUUCCUUUUCCUAACUUUUGAUUCAACUUAACAUUCCACUCAAAUGUUCUCCUCUCGGAGAUCAUUUGUUCAAGUGUUCUUGCAACCUUUUAUUGUUCCAAUUAGCAGAAGCGCAAAAAACCAAACAAAAAAGUCUGAUAUUCACGCAGGCUUCCCUGAUUCAACAGUCAAAUUGUCGGCUUCACUCUAUCCAAGGGGAGGAGAGGCUGGACAUGAGGCGGAGUCGGAGGCGUGCUCAGCCGGCCAUAUAAAACGGCAAAGUGUCUGGACGACUCCACCGAGAUCCUACCGUUGCUCUCAACAAACCGACCAAAACUCUCGAUAUUGUCCAGAAGUCGUGCAGGAAUCGACGACAGUUUACUUCUUGACCUUUGCCGUCAACUUAAAUUUUCUGACUUUGACUCGUUCAACUCGUUGUUCAACUUCAUGUUUCACAUUCCGGAGAACAUCCUCGACUAUCCGGACGCCCAUCACCAGCGAGCCCAGAGGUUUCUGAAGAUGAGCUUGGCCGAGAGGCGAAAAGGCUUCCGCCGAAGUCUCACCGCCAUCUAUUAA